AUGAUGGCUGGCAUGGCUCCGUCCUUUUCGCCGCAUCCCGGCGGGAUGCAGCCGCACCCGAGCGCCCCCGCCGGCCAUCCUAUGGCCCACAACCCCAGCCAACCCGGCGCGACCCCCGGAGGCAUGCCGCACCAGUUGGUACACAUGGGGGUAUCAGGGCCCGGUUCCCAGCUGAACCCUGCCGCGCUCAUGGGGGGCGGCAUACCGCCUGGUCCCGGAGGCCCCAACCAUGCCGCCAUGCAGCACCUCAACCCCCAAACGCAGAUGUUCCAUCAUCCCCAAAUGUUCAAUGGUAACAAUCCAGCGAUGCAGCAAAUGCAGCAGCAACAACGCCUCGCAGCACUGCAGCAGCAGCAACAAGCCCGGCAGGUGUUGAUGCAACAGCAGGCAGCGUAUAACGGUAUGGGCGGCCUACCAAUGGGCAUGCCAAUGGGACAAAUGACUCCGGCCCAGAUUGCUCAGGCUCAGUUUAACCUCAGGCGAGGGAUGCAGGGCGUACCUCUGAACCCUCACCUCCAACAAGUACAGCUAGGCCAACAGGGUGGGCAGGGACAACCUAUGAACUAUCAGCAGGCGAGUAUAAUGGCCCAGCAGCUAGCAAUCCAGCAGCAGCAGCAACAGCAGCAGAUGAACCAGAUGAACCAUGGCGGUAACCCUAAUCAACAGCAAAUAAACCAGCAACACAUUAACAUCCAGCAAGCACAGCUCGCUGCAAUGCAGGCUCAGCAGCAACAGGCUCAGCAGCAAGCACAGCAACAGGCUCAACAGCAGGCUCAGCAACAGGCAGCACAGGCACAUGCGCAACAAAACCAAGGACAAUCUCAACAACAACCAGGCCAGCAGCAGCAGCAAGCUCAGCAACAACAAGCUGCUCAGCAGCAACAAGCUGCUCAGCAACAGCAGCAAGCUCAGCAACAACAGCAAGCUGCUCAACAGCAGCAGGCUCAGCAGCUUCAGCAGCAGCAAGCUCAGCAAGCUCAGCAGCAGCAGCAGCAGCAACCUCAGCAGCCGGGUCAGCAACAACAGCAAGGUCAGCAACAACAGCAACAGCAGCCCGGUCAAGGUGGUCCAGGAUCUAACGGGCCUGCGCCAAAUCAAGGACCUAACCGCGGCCCUACCCCCCAACCGAAUCAACAGCAGCAAUCCCAGGUCCCUCCCCAAACUCCUCAAACGACCCAGGCCCAACAGGUUCAACUAGCUGCCCAGGUACAACAGGCGCAACAAGCCCAACAAGCCCAGCACGCCCAGCAAGCACACGCAGCUGGGAUUGCCCUGAUGCAGCAGAAGCGCGACAGCAUGAACCUAAAAGGCGCAUGCUUGCUAAAACUAAUGCUGUUUAGCGAAAACCUCAGUGGACCUCCCGGACCCAAGGGCAAGGAUGACCUUGGUUACUGGACCGACUUUGUCCAGCAAUUCUUCUCUCAGAAAGGCAUCUUCAGACACACCAUGAUAAUAAGGGACGGCGAGGAUCAGGGACAGGAGAAGCAGUACGAGAUAGCAUAUCCUGCUCUCGCCCGAUACUUCCACACACAUUUCGACAGUGGUGUCAAGAACAUGCAUUUAAUUAUGGACAGGGGAACUACAGACAGAUCACUGCCCAACGACUGCCACUUCAUCGAGAACACGAAGGCCAGCAUGGUUUAUUGGUUUGAAGGCGGAUCGCACCUGGUUGCCAACGGUGUGGUUCGUGCUCAGUUUAACAACGAACAGAAGUUUGAAUUGUUUGAAUUCACUGCCCACAGUCACGAAGAAUACAUAUCCAGGCGCCUGGUCAUUCAGGCCGCCAGGCCAGCACAUAACUGGGUCAAAGAGUGGCAUAACCUAAACACACAGGACACCAAGCAGUCACCCGAGAUGAGCAAGAAGGGCAAGCAAAGGCCGGUUAAGGCACCUCCAGGGCCGCCCCCGGACCUCGAUCUCCCCGACUCUGCUGUCAAAAGUGAUAUGGGUGUUACUGAGGCUGUCUUCCAAUUCCUCGAGAUCGUUGAAAUCCUGGGCCAGAUGAACCCACUGUUUAAUUACUAUCACACGCAUCCUGGGAUUGCGCCUUACACGGCGCUCGAGCAGUACAUCGGCCAGGUCAGCGGUGGUCCACAGCCGAAUAUCAAUGGGCAGCCCAUACCCCAGGGCGGCGGCCCGAGGACACCCAGCUUCGGCCAAUUCGCUAUGGGCGCCAGUCCCGCCAUGGCCAACCAGAUGCUCCCCGGUUCUCCCCACAUUGGUAGUCCAGCUGCAGGACAAAUACAGGCGCCUAUCAUGCAACUUCAAGCAAGCCAGCAGGGAACAAACUCGAGCGGGCCGAGUGCAAACACAUCACCGAACCAGAACAACAAGCGGAGGAGACCAUCGACUGUAAAGGCCGAAGACGAUGCGCCCGCAUCAGCUCCAACGCCCGCAGCUGCCGGAACCCCUCAGCUGAACGGAGCCCAGGGGAAAACGAAACCGCCUACGCCACGGAUAGGGGGGAAGCGAGUCAAGGGCAACCCAGCAUGA